GCGGCGCGCCGGCCGGCAUGGAGCCCCGCGCGGCCGUGCUCUGACUCGCUCUGCGCCCCGCGGCCGGCGGGCGGCGGGCGGCGGGCGGCGGCAGACGGAGAGCCGGAGACCGGCGCCGUGGGACGGAAGCGAGCGGGCGCGGGCGCCGCGCAGAUGGCUGGGGCGAGCAAGGUCUGAGGCUCCGCUCCCCGAAACGUGACCAUGUGGAUUCAACAGCUUUUAGGACUCAGUUCCAUGUGCGUCCGCUGGCCGGGCUGCUCCCGAGGAGGCCGUGCUUGGAUACUCAUAGCCGUGUUCCAGCUCGCCAUGGAUCUGCCCUCCUGUGCGGCCCUGGGCCCGGGCCCCGACUUCCGGCUCCUGCCCCGGCCGCCGCAGCGGCCGCCACGGCUGUGGAGUUUGAAGAGCGGACAGGCGGCGCGCCUCUCCGUGCCCGUGUGGAGCCCACGCCCGGCCCGCGUGGAGCGCAGCCACGGGCAGGUGCCGAGUCCACGCGCCAAACGGGCACACAGACCCAGGGACCAGGUGGCCGCCCUGGUGCCCAGAGGGGGGCUCGCCAAGCCCCCAGCCGCUGCCAAAUCCAGCCCUUCCCUGGGCUCCUCCUCCUCAUCCCCGUCCCCCGCGGCGGGUAGCGGGGCCACCACGGACCCGCAGGCCCUCCUGCGGAGGGAGAAGAGGCACCUGCAGGGGGCCGGCUUCAGCGGUUUUGAUUUCCGGGGCAGCAGGCCCACCACGGAGACAGAGUUCAUCGCCUGGGGGCCCACGGGGGAGGAGGAGGCCCCGGAAUCCAACACAUUCCCAGGGCUUUAUGGCCCCACCACGGCCUCCAUCUCACAGACACGGAAGACAACGGUGGCCACCGCCACCACCACCGCCACAGCCACCACAGCCACCUCCACCACACUGCAGACUAAGGGGGUCACGGAGCCCCUGGGCCCCAGGAAUAGGAUCCCGGUUGGGGUUAGCACAACGGAGCCUUCCACCAGUCCCAGCAAAGACGACGGCGAAGACGGCAAGCCCCCGCGGAUUCUGGGGGAGACCUCAGGUCUGGCUGUCCAUCAGAUUAUCACCAUCACUGUCUCCCUCAUCAUGGUCAUAGCUGCUCUGAUUACAACUCUUGUCUUAAAAAACUGCUGCGCCCAAAGCGGGAACACGCGUCGGAACAGCCACCAGCGGAAGGUCAACCAGCAGGAGGAGAGCUGCCAGAACCUGACGGACUUCACCCCCGCCCGGGUGCCCAGCAGCCUGGACAUAUUCACGGCCUAUAAUGAGACCCUGCAGUGCUCCCACGAGUGUGUCCGGGCGUCCGUGCCCAUGUACACCGACGAGACGCUACACCCGACAGCCGAGUACAAAUCCACGUUUAACGGGAACCGGGAGCAUACACAUGCACCAUUUUGUAAAUUUAAAAGAGAGAAGUUCUCCAACCCCUUAAACAUCUUAGGAAGAAACGAAUAGGAAACCAGGAGGACGCCAGGGGCCCCCUGUCAGUGGCAGGAGUAGCCGCGAGGGGUGAAUGCCCCAGGGGCCCGGAAGCGUUCCUCCCAGAACCAGGGUCGAGGAGACUCAGGGUGACGUUCAGCUGUGGUGCCCGUGGUUAACGGGCCCUCAUCCUGGCCGUGAGAACGGGGGCCUUCCUUAACCGCACCCCCCGCCCCCCACCGCAUCUCCACGUUGGACUCCGCAGUAUUCCCUGGGAUGCUCCCUUCCCAGCUCGGGAGGGUGGAGAGCAGGGACUCAGGACUGUCCUUCCGGCCCGUGCUGCUUUGACUCUGUCACGUCUGGGGAGCUCCUGGUGGCAUCCCAGCCUUCCAGAAGGCCCGGUGCACAAAGAAUUGGCGAAAGGAUUUCAAACCUUUUCACAGAGGGCGCGUGUGUCGGUUUGGAUGUGAAUCCUGGCCAACCAGUGCUUCAGUUUGGGGGAAGGGGUGGGAUGCUGAGCGGCCACAUGGCCGUUCCCCCUGGUGCCCCCCUGGCCCCGCCCCAUCCGCGGGCAAGGUGGGCACCGCCAGCGCCCUUAGCCCUGGCUCGGAAGCAUUGGGUGGAACGGGUUCUUGCUUUUUGGCCUAAGGCAAUGCUCUUUUGGCUCUCCCUGGCCUUUGGACAUGGUAGCUUCGGUCUCAAAAGUGACAAAUUCCAAGAGACCCAUUUCAGGAGUCAGGCCCCGCCCACUCCAUCGUGGGCGUGCGGCAAAGCAGGUGGGAUCCUGCCCCGGGAGGGGGAGACCCCAAGCUUUGAGCUUGUCCCGCAAAUUAAAAAACUAAGAUCUGGAAUACCAGCUUCCUUCUGCACACGGUCCCUCAGGCUCCGUGUCCUCCAAGGCCUUCCAGGGUGCACAUGGGUGUUCGCGGGCCGCAGGGAGAGGACCCCCUUCCCACCGAAGGCCAGUGGGUUGGGGCCGAGCAUUACCUUUCUGGGUUCUUCCUGGCUCCAGAGGCCGGUGUUGGGCGGCAGCGCUAGCCGGCCCGCCGGUUAGCUGCUCUGCACAAGCGCACGCGAGCCCGUCUUUCUG